GACGCCGACGCGGACGGCGGCGGGCACGACAGCGGCGAGGACCGCUACGCCAGCGAUCCUGGCAGGCAAGCGCGGCCCCUGGCCAGCGGCUUCAAGGACAGCGACGGAGACGGCAUACCUGAUGUCGAGGACCCCGCUCCCUACGACCCACGCUGCCCGGCGGUGCCCUGCGCCGAUUGGCCCUGCUCCUCCGAGUGCGUCAAGCCCGGCGACGCCGACGGGGACGGAGUGCCCGACAGCGAGGACCCCGCCCCGCGAGACGCGCACUGCCAGGAGGCGUCCUGCGCCCAGUCGCGCAACUUCGACAGCGACGGCGACGGCGUCCCGGACUACGAGGACCCGGCGCCGGAGAGCCCCGAUUGUUGGAGCGAAUCCUGCGUCGACAGCGACGGCGACGGCAUCGCGGACACCGAGGAUGGGGCGCCCUACGACGCCGGCUGCACGCAAAAGUCUUGUUUCAAGGCCGACGAUGUCGACGGGGACGGAGUCCCCAACAGGCAGGACGACUCCCCGUACGCGAACAGGUGCGCCCCCGGGUCCUGCGCCCCCCCGCCGGCGGUCGCCGAGGAGGAGCCCGCGGCGGACGCCAGGCGCGGGUACAAGGACAGCGACGGAGACCACGUCCCGGACCAGGAGGACCCGGCCCCGUUCGACCCCUCAUGCCCCCGGCUGCCCUGCGACGCCCUGCCCUGCGCGGGCGGCUGCGCGUCGCCCGGGGACGCCGACGGCGACGGCGUGCCGGACGGUGAGGACCCCGCGCCCCGCGACGCGCUCUGCGCGGCCGCGGCCUGCGCGGGCGUGCGCGCCCAGAUGGACACCGACGGCGACGGAGUGCCUGACUUGGACGACCCGGCCCCUUACGACCCCGACUGCCAGAGCGACCAGUGCGUCGACAGCGACAGCGACGGCGUCCCGGACCAGGAGGACGCGGCGCCCUACGACCCGACGUGCGCGGAGGAGCCCGCCGCCGGAGGCAGGCGUUCGGAGGGCGACCGGGGCCCUUGGCCGCCACAGGACCCCGCCCCCUACGACCACGGCUGCGCGGACUGGUCCUGCGCAGGCUUCCGCAGGGCGAGGCCAGCCCCUGCGCCGGCGCCGGCGCCGGAGCUGGCGGGCGACGAGGAGUUCCCGCACUACUCUGACGACUACCCUUGGAUGGAAAUCUACGGCAAGCACGGAGUUCCCGUCAUGCCGAAGCACGCGGAGGUCAUGGGCAACAAGGUCGUCGACCACGGCAGCCAGGCGACGUCCUUCUCGGGCGACUGGCUCUCGGAGUGGCCCCAGCAGGACGAGAGCGACCACGAGUCGAUCACGCGCAUCUGCAGGGAGUACCCGAGCUACCGGUGGUGCAGGAAGUGGGCGCGCCGGGCGGGCUGA